GCUACCUAAAGGUACAAACAAUACAGUGCUCUUUAAUACAUGAGAUCGUGCCGUGCAGUGCUCCCAACUUGAAAGUCUUACCAACUCAGGUGAUUAUUGUGAUUCCUAUCAAACAAAUUGAUAGAAACAUGGUAUCAAGAUGAUAAAGUGAAAAACAAAGAUGGAAGCAACGCAUCCAACUACCGGUUGGGAGAAAGUGGGAGACAAGUUUUACCGUAAGACACAGUUGUAUACCGCCAUAUUCGAUCAAAAUAUCGACCUCGACAGUUAUAUUGUUGCUGGUGCUCCAUAUGGCGGUGCUAUAGCAAUAUGUCGUGACGACACCAAAAUCGUCUCAUAUCAGCCUUCCAAGUCGUCAAAGCCCAGCAUUGAUAUAUAUAGCUGUGCCGGCAAAUUGUUGAAGAGCAUCUCCUGGGAUAAGGGGUCUAUCAAAGGCUUGGGUUGGUCUGAAGACGAGAAGCUCCUGGUAGUGAGCUACGAUGGGACCGUAAGAUGUUAUUACAGCUUACAAGGCGACUUUACUCAAUUCUCACUUGGACGUGAGGCGGAAGAAUUCGGUGUUCACUCAUGCCGGUUCUACGACCAUGGCAUGGUUGCCUUACUUACCAACAACGCGCUUAUUUCGGUAUCCUCCUACGAUGAGCCACGGCCCAAGGCGCUUGUAUCGCCACCGGAAGGAGAAGUCCAUGCGUGGGCUAUCAUCUCCCCCAGCUUUACAUUAUCGAGGUCGGUAGAGGUGCUGCUGAGUAUUGAAAAGACGGUUUACGUUAUCGACGCAACCGAAUCCGAAGACCGGUUCCUUGAUAUCGGUCCAUUUUCACAUAUCAGUGUAUCCCCGAACGGCAAAUUCGCAGCGCUCUAUGCCGCGGAUGGAAAGGCUCACGUGAUCACUUCAGACUUCCAGAGCCGGCUGAGCGAACACGAUUCGCGAUCACAACUCACGCCCAAGUAUUUGGAGUGGUGCGGUAACGAUGCCGUCGUCAUCGCGUGGGAGGAUGAAGUGAAUGUUGUAGGGCCCAACAAUGCUGUAGCGAGUUACGUCUACGAAGAUCGUGUACAUGUUAUCGCAGAUCACGAUGGUGUGCGGCUCAUCACUAAUGAUGUUUGCGAUUUUCUCCAAAAGGUACCGGACGUCACGGAUGAAGUAUUCCGCUAUGGCACCGAGUCUCCGGCUUCUGUUUUGCUCGAUGCGGUAGAGCAGCUCGAGAAUGAGUCCCCAAAAGCGGACGAUAACAUCCAACUCAUCAGGCCGAACCUCGUUGAAGCAGUGGAUACUUGUGUCGCGGCUGCUGGGCAUGAGUUCAACAUCCACUGGCAAAAGCAACUGCUCAAAGCUGCUUCUUUCGGUAAAUCAGUGUUAGAUAUAUACAACAGCGAUGACUUCGUCGACAUGUGCGAGACAAUGCGAGUAAUAAAUGCCGUACGGUACUACGAAAUCGGCCUGCCCCUGUCUUAUGAACAGUAUCAGCGCCUCACUCCUGAAGGUCUGAUACAGAGGCUUAUCAAUCGUCACGAAUACUUGCUAGCGCUUCGCAUCGCUGGCUACCUCCGGCUGCCCACAGAUCGCAUAUACGUCCAUUGGGCAUCUGCCAAGGUGCGUGUUGGAACUGAAGAGGAUGAUUUGAUUUGCCGAUUAGUCGUGGAAAAGCUUUCUGGCAAGCCAGGUAUUUCCUUUGAGGCUAUCGCUCGUGCUGCUUACGAUGAGGGUCGCGGCCGACUGGCUACCGAACUACUGAACCACGAGCCCCGCGCGGGACGACAGGUGCCGCUUCUCUUAAGCAUGGAGGAAGACGAAAUCGCACUAGACAAGGCGAUCGAGAGCGGAGACUCUGAUCUGAUUCUCUUCGUGCUCCUUCAGCUAAAGAAGAAGCUCCCGCUCGCGUCCUUCUUCCGCGUAAUAAACGCGCGGCCGACAGCCACUGCCCUCGUGGAGUCUUCGGCGGCGCUAGAAAACGAUAACUCCUUACUCAAAGACCUCUACUACCAGGAUGAUCGCCGGAUCGACGGGGCGGGAGUGUUCCUCCGCGAAUCCAUGGAACAGCCCGAUGCCCGCACCGCUGGCGACAAGCUGGCACUUGCCGCCAAGCUCCUGUCCGACUCGCGGGAGAACCACUUCGAGCUGACGGCGUUGAAGGAGGCGGCGACGCUGCUGCGGAUGCAAGAGAGCUUUGAUCGCGACCUGACGGACACGUUCACCGGCCUUAGCGUCAACGGGACGCUAUUCAAGCUGAUUCGCCUGGGCUAUCAUAACAAGGCGAAGAAGAUCCAGAGCGAGUUCAAGGUCCCAGAGAAGGUGGCCUGGUGGAUCCGACUACGAGCACUCGUCGCGAAGCGAGACUGGAACGAGAUUGAGGACAUUGCUAAGAGCAGAAAGAGCCCUAUCGGCUGGGAGCCCUUCUUCAACCAGAUCCUCCAAGCCGGCAACGCCCGCCUCGCCGCCCUCUUCAUCCCCAAGUGCACCAACCUCGAGCCGGGCGCCGUCAUCACCAUGUACGAGAAGUGCAACAUGCCCGUCAAGGCCGCCGAGGAGGCUGUCAAGGUCCGCGACGUCGACGCCUGGCACCGCCUGCUCGAGAACGCCGGCAGGAAUACCCCCGAGGGCAGGGAGAUCGAGCAGCUGGGCGCGCUGGUGUUUAAGAAGUAGGGAAGUACGUAGCCUAGGGAGUUACAGUAUAGUAUGUAUGUAUGUAAUAGGACCGAAGAAGAAGAAGAAGAAGAAGAAGUUAUGGAUCUUCCAUUCUGCUUAGGCUAGGAGGGUUUGGUCAUGUCUAUGUCUACGUAACCGACCUACCUACCUACCUACCUACCUCGGUAGUUAGUUAGUAAGUAGCAAUAAUAUCGAAAGAACUAACCUAAGACUAGAACAGCAUAGCACAGCACAGCACACAGAACAGAACAGAAUAGCAACGCAUCAAGGAGACAAAAUGUAACAUGGCAAAACAUCA